UUGUCAUAUGAAUUCAUUUUUUCUGCAUAUUAAUUUCUCAUAUACCUGGAAUUUCAUGAUUUUGUCUCUGUUUUAUGUUUUCAAAGAAUAUGUUUCCAAAGAAUUAAUCAGAGGGUUUUUUUUGAAGAAUUUCACAGAAAUAGGUUCGAAAUAACAACACAUGCAAUUUUUCUCCAAAUUCUGUUUACUUUCAAUGGAAUUUACUGGAUCUUGAAGCAGAAGUACCUUAAAUACAAAUUAUCAGAAAAAAACAAACAAUGCCAAAGAUAAGGGAUAACAAUAACAAAAUUGUCUUAUAACACAGGUAUUUUGAUUAGUAAUUUAAUUGAUAAUUUGAUACCUUCACCAGCGUUGUGCUUUAGUUGCUAAAUUACCAUCUUUUUAAUUUUUAAUACCAUGGGGAAAUGCUUGUUUUUAUGAUCGGAUGCAAGGAGCCGUGCAAUAUGAGUUCAGUGAAUAAAUUAUAGGUUUUGUCAUUAUGUUUUCACUGUCAAAUUGUCAUUUGCUUUGUUAAAAAGUUAUUGAUUGCACAUUGUUCAUCUGUGAUUACUGUGGUUUCUUUUUUCUUUUUUUGUUAGUUAUACACACUGUGAUUAUUUGCAUGCAUUUAAUUGUCUUGACACAAACACAUUCAAUUAGCAUGAGAUCGUCGGCACUCAAAAAUUUUUAACAUCUAAUGGGAUCAUAACAUUCACCAUCUGGCAUAUUAAAAAAGCAAACAAAAGAGUUAUGAGGGAAUGAGCAUGUCAAAUGAUCAGGCAAGACAGAAAUGAACACAAAAAAGCAAUUGAAGUCUUCAGUAAUGUGGUCGGUGAGAUGUAGUGUAGGAGAUGUUGAUUUUGUGAGCACCUUCACAUUUUUCCUUCGGCUAAUUACACGACAUGAGUAGGCAAGAUUCAUUCGACCACGUACUCAAGUCUUUAUAAUGUGGUUAUUGAGAUAUUGAAUAGUUGAUUUUGUAAGCACAUCAAUCGAUUCUUCUUUGGCUAUAGUGUAGAACAACUUUUUUAUUUUCUUUAUAAUGUAAUUGGUUGGGUCAUAUUAAGAGUAGAUUUUCGGCCAUGAAAAUAGGAAUGCUGGGAAUAAGCACACAAGCGGGCCAUUUCCAUGGCAGCUCAGGGACUAAUGGACAACAACUUUGUGAAGGAAACUGGACAAGGACAUAAGUUUCUGAGGAGGGAAUUUGUGUUAGGUCUACCUGCAGAUGUUCAUAAUAAUCCAGUAAAGGCAACACCUUCCACCAAGCUUACUGGUGCCUCGGCUGGAGGGGACAUUGGACUCGUCGAAACACCUGGUUCCCAUGAUGGUGUUAAAAGCUUUAGAUUUUAUGGUGAUGGGGACCUGCUGGUUGGUAGGAAAGUUAGUAAGAAAUUUGGGGGUGCAACAUUUAUGGGGAAAGUUCUUUCUUUUGAUUCUAUCUACGAUUGGUACAAGGUACAGUAUGAAGAUGGUGAUGAGGAAGAUUUGGAGUGGUCUGAACUCGAACCUAUUAUGGUGAAAUCCACCAAGUCUAGGAAUCGUCGAUCACUCUUUUCUCUUACACGGGCAAAGAGAGCAAGUUCGUCUGACUCUGAAGCAUCACAAUCAACAAAUGGAAUUAAUGGAAUAAGUUCAGAGAAGGACCAGUCUUUCCCAGAUUAUAGAGAAAUUGAAGAACAUAAGUUGCCCACUGAUGAUCAAACCUUUUCCUCUCCAAUAUAUGAUGAUAGUAUUUCCAGUCCGGCCAUGGCUGCCAAGAAAAGAGCUGCAGAAACGAAACGUAAAAGAAUGCAAAGAAUUAGAGAAGAGAAAGCCAUUGUCAGCUCAAGAAUAUCGUGUUAUGAAGGAAACAAGAACACAUUAUCGACUGGCACAGGGCAUGAGAGGUUUAAAACCAAUGAUGGUUCAGAGUGUAGCAGUUCUAGAAAUGCACUGCUGCAUAAAAGAGGACUGAGCCUUGUUGGGCGGAAGAUAAGAAGAGACUUCUGUGGGCAGUCUUAUGAUGGUUAUAUCAUUGACUAUGAUUGUAUAACAAGCUUUUAUACGGUACGAUAUGAAGAUGGUGACUUGGAGAAACUCAAAUGGAGUGAACUAGAAUCAGCAAUCAUACCCAACGAGCAAAAAUGCUUCCUAUCCAAAAAUGCUAUUUGUGCUUGGAGACAAGCUGAAUUUGUGAAAGUAAUAAGUGAAACAACAUCAGACACUGCUGCUAAACAUGCUUUGCUUUCGCAUGAUGGUGAUGCCAACUCAAAUGACCUACAGAAGCCCAUCAGCUUCUUAGGGGAAGAAAGUGAUCAUGGGUCACAAGUUAAAGAUUUGUUUAUUGAACCUGCAAGAACACCAUGCGAGUCUGCUCAUAUCACAUCUUCCCCUUGUGCGCUGGCUGCAGUUUGUUUUGCUUCACUUGCAGAUGCUGAAAAUAUUGAAUAUUUCUGUUGGGGAGAGGUGUCUGGAUUUGACAAAUCAAACUGUCCAAGGCUCCAAGCUGAAGAAUUGCUGCCUACUUGCUUGCCUAUACUUCAGCUAGCAGCAAGCCAACACCAUCUUGUGGCAAUCACAGGUUCAGGUCAAGUUUGGUUAUGGAGAAAUCGGCACGAUAGUAUGCAUAUCCAUUGCAAUGAGUGGGAACAUAUUUCAUGUUUAGAAGAGAAGCAGGUGGUUUUGGUGGAUAUUGCGGGACCAGACCUUGAUCGAAUCUCUUGUGGAUAUGAACUCGACCAAAAUGACCAGAUUUCAGAUUCUUUUUAUCUAGUUGCAGUUGGAGCUGAUGGAGACGAUUACAUUCUUCAUGGGUCCCAGCCCCAUGAACCUGUUCAAACUUGUAACCUAAAUGAUGAACCGAAAUUCUGUAGCCUAUAUUCCUGUCUCACGCAAAAACUCAUGAUGCAAGAGGCAGUUGGUAAGGUUGUGCAGAUCAGUGUAGGCAUGGUGAUGGAACCAGAUGAGUCACCCUUUAUUGGUUAUAUCACUGACAUGGAUCGCAUUUAUAUCCGGUCCGCUACAAACAACUACAUGGAAGAUGUCAAUUUGGUUACUGGUUACACUGGCAGGCCAAUAAAAAUUCAGUGUGGCAGAGCAUAUCAUGCAAUAAUAUUGACAGAUGAUGGCCAUGCUUGGUUAUGGGGCAAUGGUUGCUUUAACUAUAUGGAAUCAAUAAGUCAUUUUGGGUUUGUAAGUUCUACUUGUCAACCUGCUCUGGGAACCCUGGUUGGGCAAAAGGUUAUAGAUGUCGGGUGCUAUGGGAGUGACUUCAUUGCUCUUACAAGUGAUGGGAAUGUGCAUCAAUGGACCCAUGGUAUGACUAACCCUGCUUCUGGGGUUUAUAAUGUUCCCAUUAUUCCUCUUGAAAGCCGACGCCCAUCUAUACCUCAUGAUGAGAAGUUGGUACAAGUAUCUAUUGGGGUUGGAAUGUGUGCUGGUAUAACUGAUGGUGGUAGAGUGCACACUUGGAGAACAGCCAUGAAAGGUGGAUUGGCAAAUAAAGCUCUCACUCCUCUUGGCAGGGAAGAAGAUCAGAAAGAUACUUGUAUGCAUUCUCUAGGCAAUCACAGAGCAGAAAGAGUAAUCGCUGAAGAAGGUUCCCUCAUUAUAAUUGCUCGAAAGAGGUCCAGAAGGCGCUUAUUCAGAAGAACCAAAUAGUGUUGGUCCCUGUAUGAAGCUCUUGAGUUCCCACAACUGCUCUAAUUUCCGUCAUCUUUUGUUAUUAUCGCCCUGUACAUGGUAACCUUAUAAAGAAAAAAGAAGGAAAACAAAAAUAUUUUGGUAGUACCUUCAUUUUUGGAUUUUGCAGCUCUCUGGUUAUUCAUUGUUGAAUUCUGGCAAUAACACAUGUAUGGCAACUACUACCAUCAAAAUAUAGUAGUAUUUUAUAAGUC